GUCUGUGGAACUCAAUUCCAUGAGAAAAUGGGCCAGCAAUCAUACUGUACGUCUUCCUGUUAUUGCAAUGUCCGAGAUUAUAAAAGUAUGUGUUGGGGUCUAACUUGAUCAGAAUAUCUUGCAGUCCUCAAGGUGCAACUGGGAAACUUUCCGAAGAAUUAAUAUUCUAAAGGUAAAUGAUUUAUAUUUUCUAGCAAAAAUUAUUUUCCCGUCAUGUACGUCGUUACCACUUGUUAUUUUUAACUUAAACUGAAAGUGUACAUGGCUCGUGGUAUAUCAGUAUUGGUAUUAUAGUUAUAUGGUAUAUUAUAACUGAGUCGGCUGGCUCAAAAUAAUUAUACAUUUAUAGGAUUCUUAAAUCCCAAACCCAUGCAACCGGCAAUUUUUUUCUGUUCCACGUUUGACCUAUAUAGAUAUUUUCGUCUCGGAGCUCGCUCAGUAUCUCGACUUUAUUAUUAAAUCCCGAAUCUCACAAAUUUUCGCGAACUUUUAUACAUUGUCAAACUGGUAUCCCGCUCACACAAACCUAUACAUUGUAGACCCUCUUUGCAGAUCAGUAAUUAACCGGGGAAUUAAAUAAUUACAAUGCUGUUUUUUAUACUAUUCUUAUACACAUGCAUGUAUAAUUAUCAUAUAUGAAGAGUACCAGAAGUAUAUUCUUUGCUACUGUUUUCGUCAGGGAUGUCGGAACCACGGGUGCAGCGGGUGCAAGUGGACCCCUUGCCUUUUGCAUUUUCAACUUUGUGGGUGCAGUGCGGGUGCAGACUAUGGGUGUAACCGGUGCACAAAACUUUUACAACAGACAGAAUUAAACGUCGUUCGAGGAUGCGUGUGGGGGUGUUCCACCCCCAGUCGUCAGGAAUUCGGCAAAGUUGUUAUCCAUUUGGCGAAAGGUGAAACGGAAAGCAUUACUUAUGGAAUUUUUGGCGAGAAAUUACGGAGGAAUUGUGCCUAAAUAAUUGUAUUCAGUCCGAAAAAAAUUGGUGACAGGGAGGGAGGUCGACACGAAUGUUGGAUCAUGACGCCGUUUAUUUUCAUUGGUGCCUUUCUGUUAAAGAGUAUGCCCUUUUGUUAACCAAUUGCACACCUUGCCCUCAGCAACUCCCGGCAUCCCUGAUUUUCGUCAGUAAACUUUAUUCCAAAUGUAUUUAGUUGCACUUAUAUACAAGGCGUAUAUAGUUUUUCAUCAGUAUUAAACGUUUUUAAUUAAUGCACACAUUUCAGUCAAUGCAUGCAUUAAUUUGUUCAGUGUUUUAGGUUGUCAAUUCUUAUUUGUCAAUACAAGUCUACAUACAUGCCUAGUAAUUGCUUACAGAAGUUAUUCUAUAAUAACCGAGUCAUCACAGAAAAUUUUUUGUCAUAACUAUAUUCUGAUCAACAUUUCAGUGAGUUCUCAGUUUUAAAUUAACCGACGCGUUUGAACUACAGAAUUAUUUCUUCAUCAAAAUUAUCCCGCCUUCCAUUAAUCCGUCCCUGCCGCAAACAGGUUUCGGGUAUGAAAACAGCGCCUUCAGUAGAGUUGUUCAGACAUUUGAGAGUUUAAUUUAAAAGAUCUUUAUUCGCUCAAAAGUCGGAACGGUGAGUUAAGUUUGACCAGCUAACAGUUUCCAUGCACACAAGUGUUUGCAUGAAGUUUAGAAAUGAGAGGAUAACAGGUUUAUAGGCUAGCCAUUAAUCAUUAUAAAACCGCAUGUUACAUGGGAAGUAUAUAGUAUGGGAACUAUAGCAAGUAUCUAUAUACGAUGUAACUUUGUUUAUAAGCUCUAUAUACAGUUAAAGCUUUUAUAGAGCUUCGCUGUACAUUAUACACAGACAUAGAUCGGGUAGUUCAAGAAGAUUAUUAGUGUUGCUUAUAAACAAACUUUCGUUUACAAUUACAUUGUAAUCUAUCAGUAUACACUGUUAAAAAGCCCCCUGUAACUUUACAAUAAAAAUACUGGCAGCUGAGACGCCAGACAAUGUACUGUAAUUUACAGAGACGGUUUAACCGAAGUCUGUAUUUAUACCGUAAAAAGGCUCUAAAAGAUUUCUUUUCAAACACCAUAAUCUGCAAUUAUUGACAGUUUACUUACUGUAAAAGAUUACGGUCAAACACAUGACGUCAAUGUACAAUUACAGAAUACUUACUGUAAAAGAUUACUGUGAAGCAAGUGUCAAAUAACAGAUUUCUUUUUAAAUACAAUUCAUCAUGCUGUUACGAUUACAGUAUAUACCUUUUACCGUAAAAAACGGUAAAAAACUACAUAUUUUAACAAUGUAGGAAAAUAAUGCAGCUUUGCUGAAACAUGAACCGUGCCUUAUUUCAUCCGCUUCUCGUUUCAUCUCAUCCCGACAAAGUGGGAUCAUGUAAACAGCCCCUAUAACUCGUCUGGCAAAAAGCAUUCGUUAAGAGGGAGGGGGAGGAUCCUUUCCUGUCACUUCGUAUUCGUGCUAUCGUUAGUUUAGGUGUUGCAUCCUGCAUUUAUUUGUAAUUUGUAAUUUGUAAUGUGACAUAUUUCAUUAAACUAAACUAAACUAUAAGAACACGUUAACGAAGUGAGGGCCGGUAUAAUUCACCGUAGGCCGCUACAGAAUUUAUCUUUUUCAAAAUUACUGCCUGACAUGUCGGCUGUGAUCACAAGAGAUAAUGUUUGCACAUCACUGAAACGGCCGAAGGUUGAAGGCUUCUAUAAACUGAAAACAACUUUUGAUAAUAUAUAGCCUACCAUAACAUUAAAUGAGAUGGGGGAGCGGGGGCUUAAGAAGGGCAACAUGAUUCAACAUGGAGUUUAUCAUAAAAACAUGCGAGUUAAAUAUAGGGGGAAAAUACUCUCAACCAGUUAUGUCCAAGAUUGUAGCUAUAUAGCGUGCAGUGAGGAGGCCCUUUGCUUGAAACGUCGAAGUGCUCCUUGUAUUUUUCAUUUAGUUGUAUCCCUCUUAUUCCGAAGCUUUCCUAUAUAUAAACUGUACCUGUCUCAGUUAAAACUUAACUCGAUAUUUCUUGUUCUUUUGUUUAUUAGAGUGACUCAAAAAUGAAGUCUAGUUGGAUCUUGCCUGUGGUACUAGCCGGUUUUGCUUGCAGUGUUGGCAUGAAGCAGGCAUGUUGUUGGUAUUAAUAUAUGUACACUGACCAUUUAUAUAUAGAGUUGUAGAAAGGGUAAAUAUAUUCUGAUUGAUAAAAUAGCAAAGUUUAUUGCAUUUCUACAUGGUGCCCAAACAACUUGAGGGGUCUUGCUUCAAAUUUAUACAAUGCACAUACUUCUGAAUAUUGAUAUAAUGAUAAUUGCCCUCGCCAAGUCUCGCCAACAGGUUAUGAAGCAUAUUAGCAUUGAGUCAGCUGAAACAAAAACGUUGAGGAAAAACUUUCCAGCAGAGUUUGGAAUAGUUGGCAGUCUGGCUAAAUUUGCUUUCCACACGCCCGUAUUCGUGACUAAAAUGUUUCCAUUGACAAAAGGAGAAGUGAAAGCAAAUUCCGAACUAAAAACUACCCAAAAGGCAAAAAUUUGAAAAAGCUUAACUUUUAACAUGCGUAGUGAGAAAUAAGAAUGUAUUGAACAGUCAUACCUUUCAGAGAAAUGUUUUUGUGGAAUGGAAUUUUUGCAUGCUGAGAGUGAUGUAAAACUUAAUAUUUCAAAACAUGUGUAGUUUAUAUACCUAUCUUUGUAACAUAAUGAAUAUUAUGUACUGUUUAAAAUUUAUUGCAGCGUAUUCCCGUGGUGAAAGGUUAUGAUCCCGGUCCUUGUAAAAAGAAAACUCAUGGUAAAGAAGUAUUAGUAAAAAAUAGAGCUGAUGAAGAAAAAGUCGUUAUCUGUGUAAAGGAUAAGGGUGCUUACCAAUGGGAAUCUACUGAUGGUAAGCUAUAAAGGGAGUAGAACCAUCUUACAUAUAGGUUUAUAAACAGUGAUAAAUAUAAUGGUAGGCGCAUUAAUUAAUGCAUGAAGAUACAUUCAAGCUUAUUACAACAGACAAAGGAAUUAUAAAAACUAAUUUACCAAAGUAGAUAGUUGAUAUUUAGUAUGAUUGCAAAUUAGCAGGCAAUACCCCCUUCCGGAAAGUGUUCAAUCUUUUCAUAUUAGAGAGGUUAUAAGAUACCCUGGUUCCGGGUAAGCGGGUAUGGGUGAUAUACACGUAUACCCGUACUCCGUAAACCAGGUACGACUUGCAACUUAAGAAAUCCAAGAUAUUCCUGGCCUCCUGGGUAUGAAAACUGAUCAGAGAAUGCUAAGUUUCAUUCUUGAGAUUCACCAUAGAUUUUGGAAAAAUUGACGAGCAUAUGUGUAUUAAUUUAUUUAGCUAAAAUGUUGCAGUAUUUUACUUUAAACGACCAACAAAUAGUAAACAGAAAACACCCGUACCCGUUUGUCUUUUACGUGUAACCAUGGUUUCCGCGGGGAAACAGGUAGAAAUUACGGGUGAACAUGCUUAUAUAGUUACAUGCAUCAGCAAAAAUUGAAACCGACUGUAUCUUAAGCUCUCUAUAUUGCUGCAGGUGACACAUUUACGAAAUCAUUUAUAUAGACUUACGGUAGAUAAUCUGAAAGACCUUUCUAUAAUUAUGAAAUGUAUUUGCCAGUGUAGGUAGUAGUGCCAAUCAAAUGAACAAGCCUUCGGAUGCAACUACCUGGAAAAUAUAAGGAGAAUUUUUAUACUGUAAUAGGCAAUUCCAGCUUUUAGUUUAUGCGUGCAGGGGACGAUGGGAAGUAAGGUAUCACAUUGCUGAUUAUGCUGAAAAAAUAGAAAUGGUGGCUGUGAAAACACAGAGUGAUAGCUUAUACUUGUAAAUAUUGAAAUAUUUCGGUUGUUUCGGUAGUUUUUAUUGAAAUUUUUCAGCAUAAUCAGCACUAUGAUACCUUAUUUCCCAUCAUCCCCUGCAAGCAUAAACUAAAAGCUGGAAUUGCCUAUUAGGUCAUUAGUAACGGGAUAAAGGGUUCCAAAGUCUUGGCUUUAUUGCCCAGACUGAGUACUUUCCGCGAAAAGAAUCUAUUGAGAAGACUUGAUUGAGGGAGGUACCUUUUGCGCGGAUGAUUGAUCUGUGUGUUUUGGCAUAAUUUGCAUAAGGUACCAAACAAAUCUAGUAUCAAUAUUUAGUGAUGUUGAUGAGCACAACCUAAGGACAAAUCGAUCAAAUCUUGGUGGAAAUUGGAUCAAACUGAUCGAGUGAGAAAUUCUCAAAAGUCGGAAUCAGCCAACAAGUACACAAAAAAUGUCUGGCUUUUUCUGACCGACUAUAAGAUCGGCUAAAUGCAUAGAUGUAUGUAUGCCAUCAGUAUAAUUGCUUCAUUUUUGCCAGCAUGAUAUAUUUCGUUUACAAACACAUAUUAACAUUGUUCCAACCAACAUUAUAACAUACAAUCAAUAGGUUUUAUUUAGUCAUAUUUUUGUUCAAAAGGCUCGCAAAAUACAGUUGGUGAAUUUUUCAACCCUGGUUAUGAUUGUGCUGAUAUUUUGAACAAACGUCAAGAUGCUGAAGAUGGAUUUUAUUGGAUAACUUUAAAAUCAUCGAACCCGAAAAAGGUAAGAAUAUUUUUAUAGUUAUUAUAUAAAAAAAUUGUUAAGCUGUCCAUUAGAUUGUUGAGCAUUAUACCACAGGAAGCCCAUACUCAAUCAGUGUCAGUUACUUCAGUUAUUUAUUUUGUAGCUAAUAUUUAAUAAAAUAUCAUUGAAACUGUUGAUUAAAUCACUUGAGUAUUAUUUUGCAUCAUUACUAAUCAAACACUUUUAAAAAUUUUACCUCACAAAGUGAAUAAGGUAAAGUUUUUAAAUUGUAAGUAAUAAUGUAAAAUAGUUCUCAAGUGAUUUAAUCAACAGUUCCCAUGAUAUUUUAUUAAAUAUUAGCUACAAAAUAAAUAACUUAAAAGUAACUGACGCUGAUCGAGUAAUGCCGGUCUCCUGCUCAUUGGAUUAUACAAAGAAACUCGCUUUAUCAUGCAUCUAUCCCAAGCUUAAGAUAUUUUAAACUUAUUAAAAACAGUGUAGAAAGAAACUGUAUCUUUCAAGUUACAUAAAAAACCAUUUGCUUGAUAUAAAGACUGAAUUUCGACAAUUUAUAUCCAAUAAUGAUUAUUUGAGAUCAGUGACAGUGUAUUACGUCAUCUUUAAGGCGUGGUGUGACAUGACAACGGACGGCGGGGGGUUCAUUUUGGUUGGCAAAAAAAACAACACAAUCACGUGGUCAGUUCCAUCCAAUGACAUUCCAGUUGAGCCACACGGUGAUCCUCAUUGGUCGAGCACUUUUGGUGAUGCACCAAUCUUGGACUUUAGAGUGCAGAUGGCUACGAAGGAAGAUUUUAAAUCCACUGUAGCACACUGGUGGGUGGAAACAACUAAUGUUUAAAAAAUAAGAAUCUUAGGAAAGACAUAAUAUACUAAUUAUAACUAAGACACUGCUCUGCUCUCUAAAUAUAACCCAAUUUUAAAGUUUAAUUAAGAAUUCCUUUUGGAAAACAAAUCCGUUUAUGUGCAAUCUCAUCUUGUGUUUGCCUUUGCAGUCUUUGCAAGUAGAACUUGGAUAUCGAGAUAAAAAAAUUGGAGAAAAUAAAUCAGGAUAAUUUUACAGAUGCUCCUUUUCUGUAGUGGCGAAGCUAGCCAUAGCAACAGGUCGUGCUGUGCAAGUUUUUAUGAUUUACGUUAUUCAAACCUUUAGAAAUGUAUUGGCUUUAACUUAUUUGGGUGAAGGUCGAUUAGCAUAGCAUGAUCAGUUGUCAUGAAUAGCUUGGCAACUGCUUUCUGUCACGUGUUGGCGGGUUAAUUGAAAUAUACCUUGAGUAAAGUCUAUUCUCAUUAAAAUCGCAUGUAUAUACUCAGGAUAUUUUUAGGUUAUCUUACUUAUCUACAAACUUUUCUAAACUUAUUAAUAAUUCAUGCAUAGCUAGCAAGCUUGUAAAAAUACUAACAAAACCCUAAUAAUUUAAAUUAAACCAACUUUGGACUUUAAUUCUUCCUAAAAUGCUUAUUUUUUUGUCAUAUCAGAUUAAUCUGAUUUGCAAACAUUACGAAGUUAGUUAAAAAUCCAGGCUGUAUAUAUCGUCUCAUUUUUCCAACCCAUUUUCGUCCUGUUGAGCAAUAGAUAGUUAAAUGGUUUCUCAUGCAUUAUACUGACUUGCCAUAUCACUGGUAGGUCGUUUAGAUUGCAGUCAACACGUCCAUUGAAAAAAUUAUUGACGACAACAAACGGAUGUAGCAAAAGGUUUGCUGGAAUUGGAAACAUUGCCUACGUCAAAGAUCUUCAAACUAAACGUAUUGUUACAACAACAUUUCGAUGUUCAAGAUUUGGUAAGGCGCAUCAUUCUUCAUCACCAUUUGGAUGGGUUUGUAUUUUCCACUUUUCGAAAUUUUAUAUUAAGCUUUUCAAUCUUUUUCUUCUACCGUUGUCCAUCCAUUUUGACUACUAGGAAAUUUUUCCAUACAUACUGCUAACAGUAAUUUUGCUUGAUUUAUUGCGUUUAUAGGACCUAAUAGAUUCUCCUCUAUAACUGUCGAUUUUGAGUUUUCAUGUGCUGUAGUUGUAGCUCUUACUGAAUCAAUACACAAGGAAACGACGUUUUUGUUUGAAAUAUGAAGAUGUUGCAAGAGUAAAGAGAAUGGACCUUUCCCCUUAUAACUAAAAUUUCGAUCUGGACAAAAAUUUCAUCACAGCUUGAAAGAGCAUCACAAAAUUAGUAAUAUUCCAAAGUUUUGUUGGAAAAUUUUGUAAAAUGCGGAUAAUAUAGCCUUGCGAAGUUUGCCGUUCUUCAGUCAUUUUGUAUUACAAACGAGAAAUUGACAUCCGAUUCGGGUGUUGGGGCAUCAAUUUCCCGUAAUCUAAAAUGACUGAAAAUUGCAAACUUCGCAUGGCUCUAUUUUCCUCAUUUUACAACAUUUCGAAACAAAACUUUGGAAUAUUACUAAUUUUGCGAUGCUCUUUCAAGCUGUGAUGAAAUAUUUGUCUAGACUUGCCUAGAUCAAAAUUUUGGUUAUAAGGGGAAAGGUCUAUUCAACUCAAUUUAAAUAUUUUUAAUUGUAAAAUUUGAGUACAACUAAAGAACUGCCUUUAUGGGCUGCUAUGUUUUUAACCAGACGUGUUGAGUUGCAUACAUGUUGCACUGACCUUGAAGAGUUGCUUACUCUUCCUUUUAAAUGAAUAAAUAUAAAUAAGAUGUAGUUUUAUUGUUACGGCGUAAACUAUAGCAACCCGUAUAUUUUUCAGCCAAAGAUGAAUUCAUGUUUGGCAAAGCCAUGUCCAUGGGGAUUUGCCUAUCUUGUGUCCGGCAAAACUAAACAUCUCAUUGAUCACAACGGAGCUUUCAGGUAUAUGAUGAGAACUCAAUUUGUUCCCCUAUAAACUUUACCAAAUUAGUGUUUUUCAGUGCAGCGAACAACAAAUUAAACUACAUCUAUACUAAUUUAUAUAGAGAAUAAUACGUGGGUGCGCGGAAAUACCAGAUUUUCUGUUUAUUAUAUAAAGGACAGUCUUUGAAAAGCGAUAAUUUUUGCAGAAAAGCGAUGUAAUUGAAAGCGAUAAUUUUCACAUGUGAGAUUAUCAUGAAUAAUCUCACAUGUGAAAUUAUCACUUUUAUCAGUGCUCGAAAUCUUUAUAAAGCACAAUACUUUAUAUAAUAAAUCAAAAUAAUGAAUUGACCAUCAAAUUAUACAAUGGAAAUAGUUGACAUGAAUUUUUUUCUCAUUUUCAUAACUAUAUCAGUUGGUCACUAGUACUAUCUGGCUUUUUUGCGAAACUCGUGUAUAAAUUGCACCUCUUAAACCAGUGCAAAAAUACUUGUGAGACAAAACCAGCCUAGACCUAGGCCUUCAAUUUUUACUAUUUUUUAAUAUGCAGCGCUUUUUUACAUGAAAGACUGGGAUUAGGCGAUUUGGGGGCGGGGCGGAGGAAGGGCAGAAGCGAAAAAUACCAUGGCGACGCUUACCAAAUGCUAGCCCGAAAUUGACCCAACCUGCCAAAGCCAGCCGAGUAAAGGCCUAGGUCUAGGCUGAGACAAAAUAGUUUGUAAAUUAUAUCAGAAAGCUGCAGAUUGAUAAGGAUACAACUACCUGGAAAAAACCAAGUGCUUGUUAUCGUCACUGUACCUACUCUGGCAUGGAUCGUUCGAGAUUAGAAAUGAUAUCAUUUCAGUAGCAUUUAUUUUUUCAUCAGUUACAGCACAACAGGAAAAAUAUCAGGAAUGAAAUAUCGCGCAACUGCUUUUGUUGGAUGUGAUAAUCAAGCUGUAAGUACAGUAUUACGCUGUGAUCUCAUUUCAUUAAGUCUAAUUGGCAAUGUUUGCCAGGAAGCCUGUUUGCAUGAAAAUGAAAAUGAAAAAUUGGUAGUUACGCCUUGGGCAAACUAGGAAACAUUGUUGCGGAAACAUCGUUUCCUGCCAAUGUUUCGCCAUGUUUCCCAAGGUGGGCAAACCACUAGGAAACAAUGUUUCCGCAACAAAAAUCGCACUUGGGAAACAUGAAAUAUUUCUGAAUUUGAUAGGAAACAUUUCUGCUUCUCGGGAAGCAAAUUGUGUUUCUGCAACGAUGUUUCCACGGGUGGCAAACACAGAAACACUUGAGGAAACAUGGCGAAUCACAAUGUUUCCGCAACAAUGUUUCCUAGUUUGCCCAAGGCUUAAGUAGUUUCCAACAUUUUCGUCGAAUUGUGCCAGUGGUAGAAUCGUUUCAGUCAUUUGGAUUGCAUACAAGUCAUGGAUAUAAAAAGUUUCGGGUUUCUACAAAUUUCUUUCGGUCAGGCUGAAAAGGAACAAAACCAUUUUCAGUCUUUUUGGAAUAAAUAAGAACUGCACUGAAUAUAUAACAGCAAGACCGGAGUUUGGUAGAAAAAGUGAGAGGUGGAAAAAAAUUAGGGGAGGUGCAGCAGUCUAUCCUGCGACUCCCAUGGAAAGUUGGGGCUUAGAACGGGCCAGAGUCAACGACGUGACGUAUGCAUUUCGUGUUCUGUUAAUACUUUGUACAUAUGCGUAUCAGUGUAUGCAGAAUUAUGACUGUACAACUCAUCCAAUUUUGUCCUUCAUUACAAUUACUACAAAGUUUCUUUCAAAACAUUGCAUUGAAAGGGUACUUGACACAGAGAUGAAUGGCUAUCAUUGUUUCAAUUUUACAGAAAAACUUUCUUACGCAAGCAAAAACUUCCCUAAGCAACCAAAAAAUGUUUCACUUUGAUCUAUCAUUGAAACUUUCCCAAGGGGAGGUGCAUGACUUUUCAGGGCAAGUGCAAAAAUUCUAAAGGGAGAUGCAAAACGAUCUCAGGGGAGGUGCGCACCUCCCACACCUCCCCUCGAAAUCCGUCCAUGUAUAACAGUGUAACCAUGUACAACCAUGUUCAGUCAUUUUUGACUAAAUAAGAACUGCACUCAAUAUAUAACAGUUAUUGUGUUAGAAAAUAGGGGUGCACCGGAUUUGGAAUUUUCAAAUCCGGCCGGAACCGGAUUUACCGGAUUUGGACAAAAAUUCCGGCCGGAAUUCCGGCCGGAUUUGCCGGAUUUGAGAUAAACCGGUAAUGAGAUAAAUUGAGAUAAUUCAGUAUUCAAAAUGGCGGUUUAUGUUUUUUAUUAUUUUUAGUUAGUGUCAGUUUAGAUUUUUUAUUGUGUUUAAACCUUUUUUAAAUAUCUUCUUGUUAAUAACUUAAUAUUUUAUAAUAAUAUUAAGUGUUUUUUAAACUUUAAAGCUGCCAAAUUGAUGGUUUAUCCCAUUCUUGGUGAAUAUUUUAAGGUGAAAACAGAAAUUUAAAUCCGGCCGGAUUUUCUCCAAAUCCGGCCGGAUGCCGGAUACCGGAAAAUUCGUUAAAUCCGGCCGGAAUUCCGGCCGGAUUUGAAAUCCGGUGCACCCCUAUUAGAAAAUUCACAUGCCUACAGUCAUACUUAAGAAAAUUAAUUGCAACAACGUACAAAAACUACAAUCAUUCUACAAACCAAAACAAGUUACAACAAUAUUUAUCUCCGAUUUGUUUUUAAUACAAAGUUGUUACAUUACAUCAAUCAACUAUAUUUUAGUGCUGUGCUUGUUAUGGACCUUUGGGAGGUACGAAGGACUAUUGCACCAAAAACUGUAAAGCAAUUAAUGGCGGCACAGUCACAAAGAACGCGUUUACGUGGUUUUGGGUAAGGUCCAGUCUUCCCAAAAGAUUGUGGAAGAAUUGUAUGGAGUAUGAAGUGAAACGAAAAGAUGGAAAGAUGAUCUGGUACAAGCUGGUUGGCCACAGUGUUGUUCCAGUACAGGUAGGGAAAAUCUUUUUACAGGUUUUGACAUGUUUUUAUAUAAAACAUGUUCAAAGCCGUUCAAAUAUUUGCGUAGCUUCAUUUGUACCUGAACUUAGCAGAGGUAUCAACUGCUAUAAUAUGAUUAGUGCAUGUGCCUUUUGCAUCUACCACCGACGUCCAAUUCCUGCAGUACCGAUUAUAAUUUUUCUUCAGUCACGCAUGAGAAUGAUGUCGUGGCUUGACUCUAACAAACACUGAAGCUUUUCUCCCCUUGCUGUAACACUGGACCACUAAAGUGAAUGAUUGGAUCUGUAAACGCAAGAUCCAGUGCAAAGAAAACCAGGUUACCCUCCUUUAAUGCAGCAACUUAAAUAUUUUUAGGUCACCUAUAACCAAAGCAAAAGAAAUACUUCCUCUUAAAUGAACAACCUUUUCACAAUAACUUUCUAAACAUUUUUUUAAAGGGUCGCUGUAGCAAGCAAACAGCACGUCUGCACGAUGGAGUAAGUAUACCAAACCACUGUGAAAUAAGAAUCGAGUAAGAAAUGAAACGACACAUUAUACAGUUUGGACACUGCAAUGCAACGAAUAUACAUUUGUUAUAUGACUUGUCAUUUGUUAUAUUUUAGCAAGUAUAUUUACUUUAUAAUAUGAUCGCCAUGAUGUAAGAACUUGCUAAUCUGAAUAAUAUAUAACAGUCAAUUUUUGCUAAAGUCAUAUAGAGAGUUAGUGGUGCAUUACAAUUCUACUUCAACGCAAAUUAUGGAAAAGAACGAUGGAAGACUUUGAAAUAUUUUUUGACCUGUAGCAGAAGAACUCAUAAAUAUGAAAAUUUCACCCACAGGUGUUAAUUUUUUAUAUAAAAUAAUUAUUGAAUUCGGGUUUUGCAUGAUAUGAAGAAUUAUUUAGCUCUCAUGCAGGUUUCAGCUUCGGCAGGUAACACAAACUUUAUCCUUAACCAAUAAUUGUUAAUGAUUAAACACGGUGCAGUUUAAUAAAGCGCUAAGAAUUUCUGUCUCUAGCAUACAAAUAGCGCUAUUAAAUACCAAAAUAUUCCUGUCAUUGUGGAAUGUACUACUUUCGUUUCUUAGGUUGUUGUCGUACCUGACUCCACAGCCGCGAAAAAAGUACCAGCUAUUGAUGGCCUACUAGAAUACCGCGAGGACAAGCAACAACUUUUCGUAAGAUCAAACAAAACAUGGAAUGCUGUAGCACAAAAGAACGAUGUAGGUCGACAUAGAUUUCAUGAACACCGUGCUCAAACGUCCGCGCAUAUUUACUGCUUGUUAGAGCUGUGCGGUUCCAAAAAUUUUAUCUCGGUUCCGGUUUCGGUUUUUUGGAACAAAAAAACCUCGGUUCGGUUCGGUUUCGGUUAUUUUCAAAAAAGAAGAACAGUACAAAUGUAUGAACUCAUUUAUGUAUGUUUCGAGCAUUUUUACUAAAUAGAUGAAUUUAUGCCUUUGUAAGGGACCGGUCAUUAUUUAUGGCGGGGGGUGGCACCGAAGAGAAAAAGGUUGGGUAAACAAAAUUUUGAGUAAGUAAAAGGUUGGGUAAAUGAAAAACAAAACAACUCAAGGGUUGGGUAAUAAAAAUUUAUUGUCAUUUCCAAAGCAUGACCCACUGAAAUAUUGGAGACUGAAUCGAAAAGCAUUGUCAACAGUCAUUUGUCAGUACAAUAUGUGAGUCAAUCAGAGUCACUAUUUUGAUCAUAGUUUGACAAAACAAAUUGUGUUUCCAAAGAAAGUACAUGUGCAGACAACAUGAAACUUUAGACUGCAGAAAAUUUCACAAGCCGUUAUCAAACUCAUCUCACUGAAGUGAUAAAGGACAUGUAUGACAACUGAAUGGUAUCCUUUUGUUAAGUUUUUGGCCAGGGGUGGGUAGUUAUUUUUUAAUUGAUAUUUCAGGUUGGGUAAUCAAAAUCAGUUUUUUUAAUGGUUGGGUCAGCAAAAUGUUUGACACGGAAAACAUUUCUCUUCGGUGCCACCCCCCGCCAUAAAUAAUGACCGGUCCCUAAGUUUGUAUAAAUCUCUGAUUAUUUUAAAAGAACAGUUGGAAUUUAUUUAUGAAGAUGUAAUAUUUCUUAGUUUUUAAAAAAAAUUAAAGCAAGUUCACAAAAAUAACUAUCACAACUAAAAUAUCAACUACUUGAGCACUUAGUACAGUGCAUAUUGUGCACAAAGAGCACAAUCUUGUUAUUUUCCAAACAUUUCAACCUGCAAUCAGGUGGGCGUUUGGCGGGCGUUAAACGGGAAAUUAAAACCGAAACUACCGGUUUUUUUGCGUAUAGUUUUUCGGUGCUGAAAAAGAACCGGAAGAACCGAAUUUUUCGGCUAACCGCACAGCUCUAUUGCUUGUAUUCAAAAGACUGGUAAUAAUAUUGUCUUCACGAAGCUCCAGCAAAAGUUUAAAGAACAUUUCGAGGGUUUAAACUCAGUAUAACUUCGUCUUGUCGCAAGGAACUGAAAAGCGGUAAAAUUCCCCACCUUAUAUAACUUCAGCCGUUUCCUAUAAUGAACGACUUUCAUUUCCCGUGUUUACUCCAAUUAUUUCAACAGAUAUUUUCCCCGCCAUUUCGGUAUACUCGCGCAUGCGCUUUACGUUUGACCGCGGUGUUGAUUUCAUGUAUUGCUUAUAAAUGAUCAUAGAGUGAAAUUUGGAAAUUGCGCCGGCUUAAUAUAAUACUCGAUUACAACACUCGCUUAGUUCAAUAUCUCAAAUCAUUAAUAAUUCAUGAGUAGCCUAAAUUAGCCAACCAUGUAUAUUGCUUUAUUUUGCUUACAUGAUAUUAAAUACUCGAUACCUAGUGAAGUAUAUUGAUUCAGUCUUAGGUAGUUAGGACUGAAUCAAAAUUAAUUCAGUCCUUGAACUGGAUCAAAAUUAAUUCACCUCACUUUAGGUGGUGAUUUAUUCCUAUGAGAUGUUAUUUCAAAUCCUCCAAUUCGGAAUGGACUAAAUUUCAAGUCUUCACAUUUUGAUCCAGUCCUCGGCUUCUGAUUUACAUCAGUGAACUCUAACUGGAACGAUAACUUGGCCGCCAUCUUUGAAGCCACUCAUGAUGGCUGCCAUGUAGGUAUGGAGUGGAAAAUACGCCGCCUAAAAGAUGUCUGUUUUCGACCACUAAAUAGCUGUAUUUCAACAAGGAAAAAAGCUAAAAACUUUCAACAAUACCUGAAAUUUAAUACAAAACAUGUUUCCAGAACGUAGAGCAGUUAUAAAGUUCUUUUGUCAGGAGUCAAAGUGCGAACUUUUUUUCGGCACGUUCAAACUUCUGUAAUAUUUUAAAUAUCAAGCUGUUACCCAGGAAGUUUUUGCUGUUUAAUAUACAAAUAAUGAAUGUUUAUGAGUGCAAUGGUAAGAAUAUUUUCAUGAGGUGAAAGAUGGAAUGUUCCAUUCAACGAGGCGACAGCCGAGUUGAAUGGAACAUUCCAUCUUUCACCGAAUGAAAAUAUUCUUACUAUUGCACGAAUAAACAUUCAUUAUUUGUUUUAUAUAAUACCAAAAGUCCAGAACAGACUAAUAGAUUCGUAUGAGAAGCAUUUUGAGGGAUGCGAUUUAUCGAAAACACAAAGAGUGCAAUUGUACUAUACGUUUUAUUCCAUUGCACUCGCGGAGAGUGCAAUGGAACGCGUUCCAUUGCACUCUUGGGAAAUGGAAUUUUCUAUUCAAUAUCACGUGACCAUAAACAGCCAAUUAAACGAUUAGAAUUUAAUAAGGUAUUAUAUAAUAGUGGAUGUAAAAUACUUAGGACUAUCCAGGAAACCAGGUUUGAAUCUUUUAAGUUGAAGACUUUCGAUAAAAAAGUGCUUUUUCUUGCUGAUUUUCGCUCAAAAACAAACUUUUGACUGAAUUUCCCGCUCCUCAAAACUCUCCCCAGUCCUUUUGAAAGUUAAUUUAUUGCUCGCUGAGCUUGCGAGAAGCGCCAUCUUGACUUCGGGCAAGUAUCCAAGAUGGGCAUGUUUACCUGCAGUUAGCGUUCCAGUGUUAUUACAGUUCACUGAUUUACAUGAACUCUAAGCUUCAAUUAAUUCACUUGUCUGAAACGAACCAUAUUAAAAUAGUUGGUAAAUUUGAUUAAUUUGAUGCAUUUGUAUUUAAAGUAUUAGUAUUCUCUUCGAUAGGAGCAUCUGGCAUACUUUCCAGAUCAGUGAGUUUACUAAUGGUUUAUUUCGGCUAGUCUAAAUCAGAAUCAGAUCGGCUGUUCAUGUUCUGUAUAUACUAAAAAUAAAUAUAUGGAGCAUGUUCUCGAAUAACUUGUUUCCAAACACUUUUUUAACAUUUUUAGAUUCUUCAAGAGGCAUUGGCGUUAGAUUCCAAGCUGAAAGAUAUCAAACAAAUAUUCUCAAAACAAAAUCAAACAGUAAGUCAGAUAAACUUGCAUGAUAGUAUAGAAACACACAGAUAUACGUAUAAAUCGCCUACGCACAAUUUCGUACUCAGAGUAUGCCCUUCCGUGCUGAUUAGGUACAUGGUGAGCAUGCCCUUUCUCUUCAAUCCGACGCAACAUCAUGUAUAGCAACCCGGUGUAUUCUAGGGACAUUGCUGCAAUCUGGGCGGUCAGCUGUUACAUCUCAGCUCACCACCAGGAAAAAUUUCACAUCUAGGAAUAUAUAAGCCAAGCUACAAUAUUUAUUUUUUACAGCCUUGUCAUAAUAGUUAGGGAAAGGUAAAAGUUGAUCUGUCUUUCUAGAAUUUACCAUGUUGCAUUCUUCCCACAGCCUGUAGUUUCUUUCUUCCUUUUGGCUUUUUUAUUCCCUCCCCCAUUCCGAUAUCAUCCUCGAUCCCAGGACAUCACGGCGAUAUUCUGCAUGGUUAUAGAAACUCCUGGGAGAUCAGGGGUCAUCCUAAGGCCUCCCGUUUUCGAAAAUGGGCAGUUUUGAAUGUAAAACGGGUAGUUGCAAAACUUAGAAUAGACAGUUCUAAAAUUCAAGUUUUAGAGCUUUAAAUAUGAGAAUUACAUAGAUUUAAUACAGAGAUUUACGCCCAAAACUAAUCCAAAUUUGACUCUGAAAACGCAGGAAAUAACCAUGCAUUCUGGACUUGUAAAAUUCACAAUUUUAUGGCCGAGUGUGCUUCCGGGCCCCCAUAGCUAUUCAGGCAUGCAAUACGUCAUUUGCUUAUGCCUCACAACUCCCUCACAGGAACAUUUCAACUGGUCUUUGUUUACCGAAACCUCGUACUAAUAACAUGAAAGGAGUAGGGGUGCACCGGAUUUGGAAUUUUCAAAUCCGGCCGGAACCGGAUUUACCGGAUUUGGACUAAAAUUCCGGCCAGAUUUGCCGGAUUUGAGAUAAACCGGUAAUGGGGACAAUUGGGGAUAAAUCAGUAUUCAAAAUGAUGGUUUAGGUUUUUUACUAUUUUUAGUGUCAGUUUAGAUUUUUGAUUGUGUUUAAACCUUUUUUAAACAUCUUUUUGUUAAUAACUUAAUAUUUUAUAAUAAUAUAAGUGUUUUUUAAACUUUAAAGCUGCCAAAUUGAUGGUUUAUCCCAUUCUUGGUGAAUUUUUUAAGGAGUGAAAACAGAAAUUUAAAUCCGGUCGGAUUUUCUCCAAAUUCGGCCGGAAGCCGGAUGCCGGAAAAUUUGUUAAAUUCGGCUGGAAUUCCGGUCGGAUUUGAAAUCCGGUGCACCCCUAGAAAGGAGCAGACUUUUAAAUUAGGGAAAGCAAAUCACUUUCUUCCUUUCGAAAUAAAAUCGCUGCUCAUAUUUAUUAUGUCUAUCUAACUACAGUCCGCUCUUAGGAUCUUUUCUUAGGAUGACACCUGUGGAACACCUUGUAGACUGUGGUAAAGACAUUUCCAAUUUCAUUUUGCCGUCUUCAGUUAUCCCUUACAAAGCUAAUUAGUAAUGUGAACAGUUAUAGAUCAUCAUAUCACACAAGUGUCGUCGUUUGUACAGUAUAAAUCGGCGGUUAAAUAGUGUUCUUAUAUUUCAGAUGCAUCUAAAACUUGUGGAUUUGGAAAAAAAAUUUAUCAAUUUUACGCUUGGUGAGUAUUGCUAUAUUAACUUUCACCCGUAAUAAACUGAAAGGGAAAUAUAGCGUAGACUAAUCGACUCGAGCUGUGCUUUCUGUAUCAUUUACAGAACCGCGAGAAUGCAGCAGUUAUACACUUCUUGAUAACAAAGAUCGAAACAUAAAGUAUACCGGUGGCAGCUCAGAUUUGUGUGACAGAGGUAUUUCAUCUGGAUGGUACAGAUUUGGUGGCGAUGCUGGAACUCAGUUGCCUACUACUUGUGUUCCCAGAACAAACUCAAGGAAUCGGAAAUGCCAUACUGCUGCCGUUUCAUGGUUGAAUGGCGCUCAUCCAUCUGCAGUUGAUGGUAAAGUCGCACGCACGGUGUGCUUCAGUUGGGCUGGCAAUUGUUGUCGGUGGAAAAAAGAUAUUGGGGUGAUCAACUGUGGAUUAUUUUAUAUCUACAAACUGGGCUCUACACCUGUAUGCUCUCUUCGAUACUGCGGAAUUGACGUGUGAAUUCUAAAGGGAAUUUGUGCAACUGUCAUGAUGCUAUUUUUAUAUAAGGGGAUUAAGGGAAACUAGUUUGAAUAAAAUAUAUAUUGUCUAGACUUUACUUUUAUUUCUUAAACCACCACAGAAAAGUGACGUAAUAUUAAUCUUUACACUUUAAUCGAAAUAUUUGUAAAAACUAAUAUGGUAUACAUGUAGGUUUGUUUUUCUCACAUUUGUGUAACCAUAGCCUAUCGAAGGGAGUGAAGUAUAAUGUUUCUUCUACUAAUCAAUACACCGUAAUCAAUAUAAUGGUUAUGUGAUUUCUAAGUCAGGUUAGGUGUAUACGAAAUUUCUUUUUAAAUAAAACUUGAUUUAACCAGACA